AAACAUACUAGUAUUCCGCGUAAGUGGAUCGAAAGUGCGAAGAACAAUCUCAUUUAACUUUGCCGUCGCAAAUUUAGUCAGACUUUCAUCGAAGUGAUCUGGUGUAUUGUAAGCCGAGAUUAAUUCGUUAGAAAAACGAAGGGAAUAGUUUGAGGUAGUAAAAGCAUCGAGGUGAAGAAAUUAAAAAUCUAAGCGGGAAAGAGUGAUUUUUUUCUCGCAAAUCUUUGCUAAAGUUUUGAUUUGUGAUUUGUGAUCAUACAAGUGAUAAUAAUUAAAUAUCAUUUGCGUAACCAUCGAGAAACCAUAAGAAGUGAAAUGAGUCUCCAAAUAAUUUUGUCUGGUCUGUUAAUCGUAUCAAUCUUUUUGCCACCGAUGUCCGCUGCCCUCACAACUUUUGGGAAGAGUAAUACACAGAAUCAGAACUCGAAUCCACCGCCACCACCUACACCAACUGGUAAAGCUCGCGAGUGUAAGAUGGAAACCGAUUGUGCUGGAAUUCAAAAUACAACGUGCAUGUCAGAUCGCCGAGAUGGAAGAACUCGAUGUCUUUGCGCCGAUGCCUCAGCACCACUUAAUGGUGCAUGCACUUAUAAUUCCAAAGCACUUCAUGCAUCUUGCAAUUCCGAUUCAGAAUGCAUAGAAUAUGCCCACUGUGUGAUGCGUAACAGCACAAUGGGAAGACGCUGUUAUUGCGAAGAAGGAUUUGUCGAAGUACCUCCAUCGUUGUAUAUUUGUGACGGUUGCUCGUCCAUCUUUACGUUGCAUACAACGAUUCUUUUGGCUGCGUCACUUGUGCUUGGAAGAUUUAACUAUAUCUAAAAUAUUCAAUCUUGAAGAAUUGUCUUGAACUUCAGAGUCUGUACGAUAACCCUCACAGUAGAAAAACAUUAAAAUUCUUCGAACCAACGAAUCAAAAGAGAAGUCGCUUAGAAAUACAUAUCUAUAAAAGUGUCUGUUUAAUUAAAAAAAAAGAGAAUAAGAUGUACGUACGAAUACAUUUCAGAACGGUAAUGCACAUUUAUGUGUCAAAUAACUAUGAACUACCCUGAUGAGAGAAUCUUCCCUUGUAUAAAAUAGUCGCUAAUAGCACUUUUUCAUAAAGUUGUUCUUUUUAAAUUCUU